GGCGCGGGGCGCACGCGGGAAGCCGGCGGGAGAGGGACGCGGGAACACGGCGCCCGGGGCAAGUUACAAUUUUCAGAAUCCAUAUGGAAUCUAACCCUGUAAGACAAUGCCAAGAGAGAAAGAAGGAAAACAAAAAACUAAAGGAACACCCCUGCCCAUCGUUCCAAUUCUUCAAAAGUUCCUGAAGACCUAUCAGAAGCAUUGUGCACAGACUCAGACAUCUGUGUGUCCAGCCAUCAAACAGGACUUGAAGACCAGCAUCAACAACGAACAGAUUCUCAGGAAAUUUAUGCUUGUAAGACCUGAUGACUCCCCACCAAGCAUCCUGCCAAUUUCCUUGGAACCUUUGCUCAUGACAAUUCGAGAUGAGUGUUACCUGCUGGGGAAAGAGAUCUGUAUCUGGGGCCUUCAGCUGAGUAACCCAGAGAUUGCCAGACUGGCUUCACUUCUGGAAUUGAAGGGGCGCGCCACCUGCCCAUUUACCACCCUGGAACUCAUUGACUGCAGGAUGGAUCUGUGGUCUCUGCAGAGACUGGGCAGGGCUCUGCCAUGCAGCUAUUUGCAUUCUCUUGUCCUGGAUUACUGCAGAUUUAGAAAUGAAGAAAUUGAGAGUAUUUUCUCAGGCCUGGAGAACAACCAAAGGCUUCAAGUCCUCAGUCUGCGCUACUGUGGUCUGGGGCCACAAAACGGGCCGCGGCUGGGCUCCAUCAUAUGCCAGAGCUCCAUUUGUGAGCUGCACCUUGAUGGCAAUUACUUACAGUGUUCUGGAGCCCUGGCUCUCCUCAGACCCAUAGCAGAGUACGCAGAGAUGCAGGGGAAAGACCAGCCAGACACCAGGAACUCCCCUCAGCAGCUGCAGGCCCAACAGAGGGCAAGUUCAACUUCGAACCGGAUUACAAAGCCAUCUGGUGCUGAAACAGGGAAAACUGCUUCAGGGAAGGAGAGGAGAAAAAAAGGAAUCAAAAAAAUUAAAGACUCGGCUGGUCCUUGGUUAGUGAAAUUGUAUUUGGCAGAUAAUGGCAUAGAUGGAAAAGGAAAAGAAGGAGAAAAUGGCUUGUUGGAAUUCACUCAAAUUUUAACACGCCUGAUCAAAUACUCUGCUCACUUAAGGGAAAUUGACCUUGGAAACAAUGUCCUGGGAGAAAUGGCUGCUACUGACAUACUUGAAGCAUUAAGAGCCAGAAAGACAGGUAAAUGUCCAGUCUUAAAAAUUACAGUCACUCCUCAAAUCUCUUCAGAAACCUUCAGAUCUAUUUGGAAAAAUAGCAAGAAAUCUAGUAUCACCUGUAAAAAGAAGAAAAAGGCUAAAAACUGAAUGUGGAUGCCAUAUCUUUUUAUGGGUGCUAUCUAUCUUCAUAGCCUAGAAAGAUAUUGCUUGUUCAAUAAUAAUAGUUUUCACUGGAACCGUGCCUCUUUCAAGUUCUAAAUUUUGAUGACUAUUUUAUGAAAGUUCAAAGUGUUAAUCCUAUUAUGCUUGUCAUUUUCAAAAAUGUGGGUUUCACAAGUUGGCCUUAGUAAAAAUAGGUAGGAUUCUUCUCUGGGGCUUCUUAUGUGCAUGUGAAAUUUAUAAUUUAAAGGAAGUCAUGAUCUUUAAGAAAGAAAGAAACUACUUCCAUAAGUAUAUCUAUAGUUGGGAACAAUAGGAGUAUUUGGAAGUAAUAACCACUUUCUGAAAGACAGCAUCUCCCAAAAUGGUGAUCUUCCCCAAAUGAGGAAACUUCUAAUCACUUUAUCCCCCUGCCCCAUGAAGAUAUCUGCUCCAUGGGAAAGGCAAGAGGUACAGUUGACCGAUGUAUGGAUGAUAAAUUGGAUUAGUUGAAAGUCAUAUGUAUGACAAUAUGGUGCAGGGAUGAAAAACAUGGACUGGGGAAUGAAAUGGACUGAAAUUUUCUGGAAAACUGCUGCUUUCCAGGUGUGUGACAUUAGCCAAGUCAGUGAGCUUCAUCAGUGAGCUUCGCUGAGCCUCAGUUUUCCCUGAUGCAAGAUACAGAUAAGAAUAGCACCUGUCUCAUGAGAUGACACAUAUCAAGCAUUUUGGGACAAUAUUUGUUUCAUAGUGCAUGCUCAAAUAUAAAUAUUAGUGGCUACUAUUAUUGUUGAUGUUAGAAUUGAAUGUUUCCAGUUAUUUUACUUGGAACAGCUACACAAGAAAAAAGGAAAGGAAAGAAAAAAAAAGA